AUGUCUUCUUCAUCCGUGGUUGUUGGCACUGCUGAUGCUACCUCUCUACUCAACAUUAACAUGUCCAACGUGACAAAACUCACUUCCACAAACUACUUGGUGUGGAAACGUCAAGUGUAUGCUUUGUGCAAGGGAUAUGAUCUCGCCGGUUACCUCGACGGAUCUGUUGCUGUCCCUCCUACCACACUCACCACCAAUGACGUCUCCUCUGCAAAUCCGGCUUACAAAAACUGGUUUGAUCAGUUAGCUUUGCUUGAGAGUCCGCUUCCUCAAGAAGAUCAGAUUGACUAUAUCCUUGGUGUUCCUGAAGAAUACAAGUCGGUGGUGGAUCAAAUUGAAGGACUUGACACCACCCAAUCCUUUACGGUCGUUCUUGAAAAGUUGAUAAAUCAUGAAUAG